AAUGAAACAAAAUUAGUUUUUGUUUCUUGAUUACUUUUUAGUGUGCCAAACUCAAUAAGUUAGAAAGGGUUUUUUGUGCACUUGUACGAGCGCAAUUACUAUUUUUUCUCUUUCUCUCUCAUACAUACACAUAUAGAUAGUUUUCACACGUGCGCAAUUACUAUUUUUUCUCUUUCUCUCUCACACGUACACAUAUAGAUAGUUUUCACACGUGCAAGUAUAAACUUCCCUUAUUCUUGAAACUUAAUUUAUUGUUUUUAAGAUAUCACUGGGAAACAUCUCUUGCACUUUCAUUGUCCAAACAAUACAUAGAAACACCACUUAGAUUAAUUAAUUUUGUUAUUUAAAACAAUUAGGGUUUAUAUAGUAACAUUUCAAUCAAAUCUUUAUGGGGCCUUCACCACCAAAGGAAUUUGGCCAUUUUCCACUUUUUGAUAUUGAUCAUCAAUUCCUCAAAGACAAUCCACCUCUCAUGAUGAAUUUUUCCACACUAGAUAAUAAGACAUUGAUCAAGAACAAUGUGGCCUUAUCUCCGGAAGAAACCAUGAUGCAAAACCCUUCUUUUUCUUCGGGUUCUUCGUCGGCUACUUCUCCCCCAAUCCUUCAUGAAAACCCUAACACGAAGCCGGUGGAUGGAGUUUGGAAUGAUGGGAUGAAAAACCCUUUUGGAAUGAGUGAUUUUGGAGAAGAAUUCUUGCGGAAUCCGGCCCCAUUGAUGAUGAAGAUGGAUCGAGAAUACAUGAAUUGGCAACAGCAAGAAACAAUGCAGAUAGUUCAGACAGAUUUUAAGGCUUCCGAGAAUAGUGCUAGAAGAUAUUCUGAUAAUUCAUGUUUUGUAAAUGGGAAAAAUGAUGAGAGUUUUGCAAAGAGUGUGGAGAGGAGGCAGAGAAGGAUGAUCAAGAAUCGAGAGUCAGCUGCAAGAUCGAGGGCUAGGAAACAGAAAUUUGGAAGAACGGGGCAGAAGACCGUUACAAAUGGAUGAAUGACGCCACAAAAGAGAUAGAGGAAC